AGUGCGAACAACCGUGAGACUCCGGCUGUCACAGUCGCCAUCGGUGUACAUUCGUCCCGACAACGGGCUGAAACGGCAACCGGUUCGUGGUCAACGACGAAAACUCGGACGUUUGGUGUUUGGUGCUUUUCCGGAUACGACAGAUACUUUUUCUACGUUUUGCCUUUUGAUUUUGAUUUUUUGGUAAUUGUGCCUCUGGAUGGUUUUCGGUUGUGACGACUUCUUUUUGAUACGUUUCUGAUUAACAAUGUUGGCGAUGGAAUACUGCCUGCCCAUGGGCCACCCCCAAAACCAGCAGUCCCAAAUCAAAUACGCAUCGUCGACGAUGAGCUCCGAAACGAUAUCGGAGAGCUGCGGCAGCCGCAACAACCGCAUCCGCACCGUCCGGCUGGUGCGUCCGGUAAACGGCACUCUGCCGCCACCGAAUUUGACCUGCAAACACGGCCCCAACUUGGGUUUCAGCCUGAGGGGCGGCAGGGAGCACGGCACCGGAUUCUUCGUGUCCAACGUCGAGCCGGGCAGCGAGGCACAUCGACAAGGGCUGAGGGUGGGCGACCAGAUCGUCAGGAUAAAUGGCUUCACGAUCGAAGACGCGGUGCACAAAGAGGUCUUGCAACUGAUCUCGAACCAUACGCAUCUGACUUUGAAAGUGCGAAGUGUUGGAAUGAUCCCAAUAAAGGACAAAAAAACCGACAGUUUAAGUUGGCAAAUCAUCACAAACGACACCUCGUCGUUAAGAUCAUCUCCACAGCUCCACGAGAAGAUCCACGACGUCAGGAUCAGCAUUAUGGUGGCACCACGAUCAAAGUUAGGAUGCGGAAUAUGCAAGGGGCCGGAAUGGAAACCGGGAAUCUUCAUUCAGUUCACAAAAGAUGGUGGAAUAGCCAGGGAAGCAGGUCUACGGCCUGGCGACCAGAUUUUGAUUUGUAACAACGUCGACUUUUCAGACAUCCCUUUCAACGAGGCAGUAAACUUGAUGAAGACAUCCAGACAGUUGGACUUGGUGGUGAGGAAAUCGGCCGGUUCUGAACUAUUUCCGGGUGAGUCCUCCGGGUAUAACAGUUCAGCCAGUUCUGUAACGGGAGACCAAUCACCAUCCUGGAGUGAUUCCAAACGUCUGUCCAUCGUCAAGGAAGAAAGCCUCGAUUUAGAAGACAGACUCUCGCAGUUGGAUCAACGAUUUAAGAAAAUGUCCAAUAGUACAAAAUGGGAUGCCAUAGAAUGGGACGAGAUUCACCAAGAGGAGAAGCCCCUUUUCAAGCCAACCAUAAUAAAUCUAUCGGAGAACGGUACCACAAUCAAAAACAACGGUUCUGAGGAGGAGUUUUACGAAAGCACCAGAGACAUGAAGACUUUUACUGAACAACCACAUCAACCUCAACCGCCAGAAAUGAAAACCGUUGUUGUUGAGGUUCAUAGAAGUGAUGAAGAGAAGAGCAAGGUGGAGAAUAAUCAGCACAACAUUUUGAUGAAGAGUGCUUCUGUCAGCAGUUUUGGAAGUAUUGCUAGUAGAUCUAGUACAGCUUCUAGUAGUCUAUCAAGUGCAAUAUGUCAGGAAAUACAACGAAGAAGUCAAAAAAAGGCAACCUCAACAGAGUCAGAGGAGAAACCGUCGAUCGAUGAGCAGCUGCAGAUGAAGAAGAUCCUAAAAGGUGUUUCCCAGGACAAACAGUUCCAACACACCAAACUGAUGGAUGAGUUCAAGAAAGCUCACCAGAAAAUGUUUCGGACAGCUUCCGACUCCGAGAUGCUACAAAAUCGAAAUGGAAUUAUCUCCAAAGAAACAUCGGAUCGUCUGGCAAAUAAAGAGGCUGCAAUAAAAGCGUCAGAGAAAGUUCUGAGUGCAACAUUAAACAAGCCCAAAAAUGGCGUUGAACCUGCUAAAGUUCCUCCACCUCCACCUCCAAUGCCAACUGAUGAUGAGCCGGACUGCCCGGUCAAAAAUCACAAUUUAAUCGACACCCCGGUACCACCGCCGUGCCCCAAAGCAAAGCCAAAGGGAAAAGCACCCCCGGUCCCGGUGAAGUACUCGACCCUCUCCUACACCAACAACACAACCCCACAACCCAAACCCUUGGAUUCGGCGGUGUACAAGAACAUAACGUACCAGAACAACGAGAAGAACAACAUAUAUUCAACACCCGAGUACUACUGUCCGACGCCUGAUUAUGACACGCUGAGCAUCGCCUCUAGUACCACAAGCACAAGUACUUUCAGGCCCGGACACGUCAACGAUUCGGUGGAGAUGGAGUCGCUUGAGAGUUUCAGGCUGGAUGGUACCAACGAAGUUCCUAAGCCGCCCAACACGUACUUCAAGAAAAAUUUGUGUGGAACAUUAAGCAAUGGGUCUUCUGCCAAUUCAAUAAACGGCACACUGAGAAAACAGAGGCCGGUAAGUGUGACAAUAGGAGAAUACCCGACAAUGCGAAGACAACAACCCGGUAAGUUGGACUUCUUGGGGGUGAAUGGCGUGAAGGAAAACUCGAAGCAGCCCGUGUCGACACAGUUCUCGAACGAACUGGCCGAAACCUUAAAAAGGUCGAACCUGAGAAAACGCACUGAAUCUGUGGAAAACCUUCUUCUUCAAAACAAAGAAGAAAUUUCGCCACAAACGAACGGAUCCGUCCGAAUAUCGUUGAGCAACAACCUAAACAAAAACCUGGCCAAAUCCACAAACGACCUGUCCAACAAUAACGUGUACGAGAAAACGUUGCUGGCGAAAAAUCCCAACAACAGGGUGACGAUAAACAUCAACAAUUUGUUGGCCAGCCAAAACGAAAACAGAAAAACGGACAGUCCUAAUGGUAUUCUGAAAAAUAGUGUCAAUGGGGGACAAAAUAUCGCAAAUGCUCAACAUAAGCCUUUGUCUCAGCAGAAAAGCAUCACAUUUGGUGAGAUGCCGACUUUAAUAAAGGAAAAAUCUGCUCAAAUAACGUGAGGAAUAGGUAGAAUUAACUGUAUUAAUUUAAUGUGUAACCUCAUAUUGAAUACUGUUUAGAAACAAUAUUUUUUUAUAAUUAUACUAAUUUUACCAACAAAGUAUUUAUAUGUGUGCCGAUUUUUUGUGAUAUAUGUAUAUGUAUUGUUUGUAUAUGUCGACUUAAUUGUUAUUAUUUUUUUAAUAGUUAUUAUUUUACUAUAUUUUUGAUCCUGUUUAUACUUUUGUCAUUUAACGUAAAUAAAUGUAUAUUAUUGUC